GUCACAGAAGGCUGAAUUCUGGCAACAUGUCCAUGCUGUCCCACAGGAUUGUCAAGGAAAUCCAGGGUUUAUUGGCAGAAUCGGUCCCUGGGAUAAAAGCAGAACCAGAUGAAAUCAACGCCCGUUAUUUUCACGUGGUCAUUGCAGGCCCAGAGGAUUCCCCCUUUGAAGGAGGGACUUUUAAACUUGAACUUUUCCUUCCAGAAGAAUACCCAAUGACAGCUCCUAAAGUACGUUUCAUAACCAAAAUUUGUCACCCUAAUGUGGAUAAGUUGGGAAGAAUAUGUUUAGAUAUUUUGAAAGAUAAAUGGUCUCCAGCACUUCAGAUCCUAACAGUUCUGCUCUCAAUCCAGGCCUUGUUGAGUGCCCCCAAUCCAGAUGAUCCAUUAGCAAAUGAUGUAGCCCAGAAGUGGAAGACCAAUGAAGCCCAAGCCAUAGAAACAGCCAGAGAAUGGACAAGGCUCUAUGCUAUGAAUAAUAAUGAAAUUCAGCCUGAAAAUCACAAGUAUCACUCUUAAUCUGCCAAGAUUUUUUCCUUUUUUUUUUUGUUGUUUGCAUUGAAUAGACACAGUUUUAGAAAUAUUCAGAAUAAAAGUCCAGUCUACCUUCAACCUUUUGAAGAUUAAACAUACUGUAGCAAGUAAAUACUUGUCCUGAUUUUAUUUUUGAGGCACAUGAGCAGAAGGAUCAUCUGUGUUGUUAAGAAGUUGCUUGAAAACAUUGUUAUAUCUUGACUUUUAGUCUUUUUCACUACCGUGGUUUCACAGAAUCACAGACUUUUAGUCAGAAAGGAACUCAAUAGCCAUCUAUUCUGACCUACAUACACUCAACCCUUUGCUCCAAGGCCUCCAAAGAGAAGGAAUCCAUCAUUGACCUAUUUGACUUUUGGGAUGCAAACAAUUGUUCAGAAGCUUUUCUUUACAUACACUAUAUAUUUGUCUCAG